UGCAGUGGAAACAGUGUUCAACAGUCUUUUCCGAAUUUCAUGACAAAUCCUUUAAUCCUAUGGCAGAAGAAAUUGUAGAAACUCUAAAGUUGCAUAUUGAAAUACUGAAAAAUGAAGAUAUGCUGGAGGACAAGAGCUUUUUUGUUUCUACUGUUUUCGUUAUGCUGGCUAUCCAAAAUGGUUCCAAGUGGGCUGAAAAUAUUACAUCAAAUUUCAUUUUACCUUGUGUUGUGAAGUACUCUGCAGAAAUCAGUAAUGAAUCAGCUUUUAAGUUCUUUGCUCAUUUAUAUGUUGAUAUGUGUUUACUUUUCCCUAAAGAGCUCUAUAAGGAAAAAUUUAUGAAGAAUUUAUUUACAAAAUCUCUACGUGAGCUUAGGGAAGACCCUACUUGUGUUAAAGGUGAUUUUCGCUAUGUGACAGCUACAGUUGCAUGCUGUUUGCUGAAGUUUAAAACAGUAAUGGAUGAGGCACUUCCCAAAUGUAUUUUUAACUGGUCAAGUAGAAAUUUACGUACAAAAGAAGUUGAAAAUCAUGACAUCCAGUCCUUUUUUUGGCAGAGAUUUGUCAGUAUGGGAGAUCAUGUGUCAAAGGAGGAUUGUGUCAUUACGAAACAGCACCUUUUGUCAUCUGACCUUUUAAGAGAUCUGUAAUAUAUUCAAAGUUUUCUUUAAUUUUCCUGUUUUUUUUUAUAGCAGUGCUUCCAACUGAUCUCUUUUUUUUUCCCCUAUAGACCCAUUUUCCUUUCAUUUUGAAUUUGCCCUUUUAUCCAUUUGUAUUUUUUUCCCUUCAGAAACUUAUGAAUGUAUUCUUCACACCCCCACAACUAUAAUUUCAAUUUUAAAUUAAGUGGGGAAUAGCAGUUAGAGUUGGAAACUAUUGGUUAAGUGAAAUAAAUUCAUUAUGUAUAGUUUCUUGUUCUUGGCAAAAGUAAUUUCAAUUUUUAAAAAAGAUGAUAAUCAGUUAAAAUUGGCCGAUAAUUAAGUGUUAUCGGCUUCAUGGAUAAUCACCGAUUACUGCCAAUUAAUCAGUGCAUCCCUAGUUUAACCAUUUAAAGGUGAUAUUAAAAAAUCCCUUUUUAAAAAUUUAUGUCUCUUUUCUUUUUAGAGCAAACUAAAAUCAGUUGGGAGUGCUAUUACAGCUCAUGAUUAGAUACAAUUUUGUUUGAAAAUUCAUUGUUGAAAAUUAUUAAAUUUUAUUUUGUUAUAUUUUGAAGGAUU